AUGCCCUCCCUCAACAUAAACAACCACCUCCUCCACUAUGCCGACUCACAUCCCAACGGCGCCCCAGAACAAGGCCAAACCAUCGUCUUCAUCCACGGCCUCGGCUCCUCCCAAAACUACUACUUCCCCAUCCUCCCCCAUCUAACCCCCAACCACCGCUGCAUAACAAUCGACACCUACGGCUCCGCCCGCUCAACCUACACGGGACAGCCGAUAUCCAUCGCCUCUAUAGCCGCAGAUGUAAUCGGCGUGCUAGACGCACUUAGCAUCCCCAAAGCCGUGGCCGUCGGUCACUCCAUGGGCGGCCUUGUCGUCACCCUCCUCGGCGCUCAGUAUGCAGACCGCAUAAAGGCCGCGGUAGCUAUUGGCCCAACGCAUCCUUCCUCGACGCUCACGUCGGUGAUGAAUAAGAGGAGCGAGACUGUUUCCGAAGGUAACACUCUCCUACCCUACACCACCAUACACUCCAUUACUCCCCCAACCCAUCCCACCGGGCAUGGAACCAAUGGCCAACUCCAUCCCAUACCAACAACCGGAUCCGGAUGCUCAGCGCUCGCGAAGUCCUUUAUCCGGGAACUCAUUCUCGGGCAGAACCCUGAGGGCUACGCGGCGCUUUGUCGGGCUAUUGCUGCGGCGCCCGUGAUUGAUUACUCGGCUGUCCGGGCGCCGUUCUUGCUUAUUGCCGGCGAGGAGGAUAAGUCUGCGCCGUUGGACGGGUGUCGGGUUAUUUUUGAAGGGGUGGCGAGUGAGAAGAAGAGUUUGGAGGUGCUGCAGAAGGUGGGUCAUUGGCAUUGUGUUGAGGCGCCGGAGGCUGUGGGGGAUAUGAUCGCGCGGUUUGUUGGGGGGAUUGCUCUGUAG